AUAGUGUAAUAUCAGAGCUUAAACUAGACCCCCUCCUGCCAUCUUCUAUUAAGACACAUAUGUAUGUGUAACUACAGAAACCUACGUUAAUUAAAUGCCCUUCAAACUCAAUAUCGAUUUUUUUUUACAUUAAAGCUAGGACAUAUUAACCUGAAAACUUUGCAGAGAAUUAAAUCACUUCUCUCACUCUCAGACUCAGGUUGGAAGGUGGAGGUAAGUGGUUGCUGUCAAAGCCUGAGUGGAAAUGGGAAACUAUAAAUGCAAAGUAGACAAGUGAAAAGUUUAAUUCCUGCAGCAGUCGCAGCUUAAGUUGCACUGCUUAACUAUUACUCGAAAGGGGGGCAGAGGUUCACUUUGAAAAAAAAAAAAAUGACUUAAGUGAAAGAAAACUAAAUGCCGUGUUUUUGCUUAUACUGGUUAAGCCUUGUGUUUUCCUUCACUCAUAAAUAUGUAAAACCUUUUGUUUUGUUUUCCCCCCACUUUUCUCCUUCCCCUAAGAGCACUUCAUGUUCUGCAAAAUGAAAUUGGACAAAAAAAAAGGUCCACUACAUGAAUAAGUCAAAAGAGUGACUGUGCUUAUGAGUCGUGAUUAAAAACAACACCACAAUCGACUACAGUACAGUAGCUACUGAAAAUGUAUACUGUAGCUUUGCCAGGACGUUAGAUCUAGUCCUACAUUCUUGCCCCAAUUACAGCACAAAACAAAUAGCUGGCCUAGCAUGAGAGCAGCAAGAGAAAAUGUUGAACUGGUUUCAUGCUACACACAUUCAUAUGUUAAUAGGUUAACUGCAUGCCAUGAAUGUUUUCUGUCAUUUCUAGGCCUUCUCGCUGCAGCUUGGAGUACCUGUAGUGCAACAUGACCUCGACUGGACUGGAAAACACCUGAAUAAUUAACCUGUAGAAACCGGUUGCUAAGGAAGCAGGAGUGGCCCGUUAGCUCGUUUUAAGUAAUGACUACUAAUUUACAGUAAAGGCCAACAUGGGAGUGGUUUACUGAAUUAAAACUGUGCAGAAGUUAGUCAAUAUGAAACCCAGAGCAGAUUCACCGUUUUAUCUUCGGCGCAAAUGAUUCAGUUUCAGUUGUCCCCUCCUCCUCCUCCUCCUCUUUACUCUGUUACUCUGUGUGUACAUUAAGUGCUGUUUCCAGACCCAUUUUUCUCAACUGAACUGUGACUAAUAAAGGAUGAUGUGCGGACAGAGGGAAGAAAAGAAGCGGGAGGGGGGGUGUUGAGAGGAGAGUAGGGUGGCUUUAGGGGAAAGAGUACCAAGUACAGACUGGAACAGUGACUCGGUUUAAAGAGAAGACGACACAACUAGAAAGGCCGGUGGUGGCAGGUACCUGAGACUGGGAAGAUGUUAUGGUGGCUAGAGUGGGCAUGCCCACCACCUUGGUCUGUACUGAUACAACCAUGAGGGGCAGCGUGGCCAUUAACUGGAGGGUAAAGUCACUUGGUGCGGACGAAUGGAAACUGGUUCUUUUAGCUGACAAAAGGAUGAAUCUCUCUGGUGGUGCCUCGCAGGCAUCCAUGCGAUUGACUGACUCUAACUUUCAAGACACUGGGGUGUUCUCUCUGAUUUUUCAUCCCAAAAUGGAGGAUGGCGGUCUUUACUCAUGCUUGAUAAAACAACAAGAGAGAAAAGUGAAAGAGAAGAUUAUCCUCUUAGCUAUGCUUACAGUCACUGUCAAUCCUGCUCCAACUGUUCUUCAGAGCAGCACCCUGCGUCUGAUUGCUAAAGUUAAUCCUGACUCUGCCAUCGCCAAAAUCACCUGGGAAGCACCGGAUGGCAUUUCCAUGAGGAUUGAGAAAAUGCCAAACAUUGGCACGGUGGCUAAACUGCCGCAGAUCCAGAGGAGCGACAGUGGGGUCUACAUCUGUACAGUUUACCCUGGAGGGAAAAGCAGCAGGGCUCAUUUCGCCUUCAAUGUGAACGUGACCGUUGAUGCUUUCCCUCCCUCCUCCGCUGACAAAAGGACCUUAUUCAACAACGUAACACAUGGCCCCAUCAUCUCCACCGCCGCUCAGGUUCAGACAUCCUUCUCUCUGACCUGUCCUGGUGAACGGGGGGACUUUGUCCGGCUACACUGGCAACCAGAUACCAGGAGGAGGAACAGCAUGAAGCUUGUGCACCAGUAUGAUCGCUGGAGGGGUUCCAUCUUGUCGCAAAGCAAGACACUCCAGCUCGCUGGCCCACCCUACAACGCAGAGGCUGGGAGCUUCUCCUUUCUGCUCAGGCCUGCAUCGAUCACAGAUGGCGGCCUCUACAUCUGUGAUGUGUACCUCGAUGACAAAGCCUUCAGCCAGAGGACCCGGCUCAGCGUGCUGAAAGUUAAAACCAAAGAGUCAUCUUCAAAGCUGGAGUUGGAUUGCCUUUACUCAGUGCCGUCCCAGGUCAGCAAUGCCUUUUGGAAAUACCACAAUCGUAAGCAGAACAUGUCGAGCAAGGGCCCUGGCAGUGUCACCACCACUGUGCCCUUACCCAUCACCUCUGACACAGCUGGGAACUACACCUGCACCCUAACGCUGAAAAAUGGGCAGACCAUCGUGGCAACACAUGCUGUUACACUGCCCCCUGAGGAUGGGUGGAAUGGGAAUUUCACCACCACCUCCCUGCUCCCUUUUCUCUCUGCUUUAUUACUCCUGGUGCCCCUGGUUGCUGCGCCUGUUGGUGUGUUGCUAUGGAGACAGAAACACAUUUCUCAUCGUGGUAUUGAACAGUCUCUGUCUGUCCACUCGGGUGAAGCAGAGAACAUCUAUGAGAAUCCUGAGGAUAUCAAACAGGCUCCUCCCCAGGGCGCAGUCUACAUGAUACGAGCAGUGUCAGAGCUGAUCACCUACCCACAUCUCAUCCUCAUCCAGCUGUCACAUCCACUCAGUUCCCAUCUGCAGCAGGAGGGUUUUUAUAAACAAAAGUAACAGUGUUGGGAUGUAAAGAAAAACUUCAGUGCUCUAGGGAAAUGCUUCUCAAUUGUUUAAAUGUGUUUUGUACUCUAAGCCAUUGCUCUUCAUAAGUUCUUUAAUACUUCUUUGCUUAUUGUUAUGUUUUGAGGCUGCACAUGGAGAAGAAGGGGAAGGAUUUUCUCAUAAAGCUCUGAAAGUUGUUCCAAAUGUAUGAAGUUCUUAUAUUCUAUUGUCUCAUUCACUGGUUUCCUUGAUACUUAACAGCAAGUGUAGUUUUCUUCUAUGCAUAGUAGUAUUCAAGCAGUGUUGGAGGAAGUAUUCAGAGCUUUACCAGUUGUAAUACCAAGCUAUAAAAAUACUUCAGUAUGAGUAAAAGUCAUGCAUUCAAAAUCCUGUAAAAAGUAAAAGAAGAUAAGUAAACACAAUGUUUUCAAAAGUAAAAUUAUUCGUUAUGCAAAAGAUAAAAUUAAAAAAAUGAUUAUUUGA